GCAUUAUUCACUCUGUGUAGGUUUUGCUUACUUACUUUUUCAUUUCAUUAAAGAAAUGUGACAUUUUUUACAUCGAAUUAUGCUUGAAAUCUAUUUCAAUCAUUCAUUUAUCACAGUCAUUAACUCUAAUUAUGGUUAUCACCAUUAACUCAGUGAUAUAACUGUUAAAAUUAGUUGGAAAGAUUUUUUCCAAAUUAUCGAUUUGUAAUCUCUGAAGAAGAAAUUCAAUCACAUGUUCACUACUGAUAAGUCGAAUAGUAACAUCAUAGAUAUGCACUACAAUCACUCUAUCAUAUAUAUGUGUGUAUAUGCAUGGUUGGAGAUGGUUAUAUAUAUAUAUAUACAUGUAUACGUCUUCAUUCGAGGUGGACUUUACAGAUACACUUCACGUUGAAGAUGAACAGGAAUUAUUUACUGUUGUUUAUCUGCACAGUUCUAUGCGCUAUCCUCGUAGAGAUUGAUGCUGGUAGCAGACAAGCUCAGUUUACACGUUUUGCAGGCGUAGGCCCACAACAACAACAACAACAACAACCUCAAGGUAGUCGUCAAGAGAGUUCACAACGAGUAGAAAGCUCGUCAGGUGUUAAACACUUACUUAAGAAAAUCGGUUUCGGUAUCGGGAAAAUUUUCGAUUUGUUCUGCUAUCUGAGCACUAUCUUGAAUAUUCUUCGAGAUUAUAUCAAAUUCUAGCUUUGAGCGACACGAAAACUGGAAGAAGGAUUCUACUGAAACAUGGACAAUACAACUGACACUAUUUAUGUGAAUUGGCAUUCCUUCUUUCGGUAGAAAUGUAUGUGAUAUUAAAAGUUAUUGUGGUUAUUGAUGGUAGCAAGAUAUUUUCAUUCGUUGUUCAGUUUCAUUUUCUUCGGGUAAAAGUUUUGUUCUGGCUUUCUUAAUUGAUAAAUAUUGGUAUGUUCAAUGCAAA